AUGUACGGCAUGCUUCUGGAGAGUGUGCAGCACUACGUGCGGCUGCAGUUUGGCGAACCCUUGUGGGAAGCUGCGCUGGCGGAGCUAGGCCAGCACAACUUUUCCACACACUUGGUUUACCCGGACGACUCCAUGACGAGGCUGGCCGACGCCUGCGCAAAACGAGUUCCCGGAUGGAGCCGCGACACAUUCCUCUUCUUCUUCGGGCGAUGCUUCGUGCGCUUCUUCAGCCACUACGGCUACGACAAGUUGAUACGUGCAUCUGGCCGUCACCUGCGAGACUUUCUUGCUGGCAUAGACAACCUACACCACCAGAUCCGCUUCAGUUAUCCGCGCAUGCGCAGUCCAUCCCUGCAGCUGCUUCAGGAACACCGCGGUGGCGCGCUGCUGCUGUACCGCUCGUGCCGCCGCGGCCUUCACUUCUACCUGGUCGGUCAGCUGGUACAGGUGGCCAAAUCUUUCUACGGCAUGCGCCUCCAGGUGCGCGUGUUGAGCCAGCGCAGUACACCAGAGGGUGCCCAGGCUCUGCUGCGGCUGAGCUUCGACAACGCCGCGUUCACGCUGAACGAACAACGACGGCAGCGCGCACAAGAAGGCAUCACGCUGCCCGACGUUUCGUGGGGAUCGCUGCUGCGCCUGUUCCCGUUCGGCAUGCUCGUGGACCGGUGCAUGCGGCUCUUGUGGCUGGGACAUCGACUGCGCAUGGUGUUCGGUCAGAGCGGGGAGGCCUACCCCGGCAGGCCAGUGCAAGAACUUAUGCGCCUGCACAGACCCACGGUGGCCUUUACGUGGGAAAACUUGCUGGCCCAUCAGCAAGUCGUGGUGGAGCUGGAGUGCACCUUCCCCGAACAGUCGACGGUGCCUACCCGCCGUUUGCUGCUUAAAGGAGAAAUGCGCUACCUGCAAGAAUCGGACGUCAUCCUGUUUCUUGGAGUGCCGCUGUAA